GUGAACCAGAUCAUCGCUAACUUCUUCUACCGUCAGGGGAUGUUUGAGAUCGGCGACUGUUUCGUCGCCGAGACUGGUGAAUCUGAGUGUACUACAAGGCAGUCUUUCGUGGAGAUGUUUAUGAUACUAGAGGCUAUGAAGGGGAGAGAUCUUGAACCGGCUCUUAACUGGGCGGCGGCUAACUCUGAGAAGCUGAAGCAAGCGAGGUCUGAUCUCGAGAUGAAGCUUCACAGCUUACAGUUUUUGAAAAUAUCUCAAGGCCAAAACUCACAAGAGGCUCUCAGCUACGCGAGGAGACAUCUCGCAGUGUACGCGGAUAGCUGCCUAUCCGAGAUUCAGAAGCUCGUUUGUUCUCUCUUAUGGGACAAGAACCUCGAGCAGUCACCGUACUCGGAGUUUCUCUCUCCCGUUAUGUGGGACAACGCGGUGAGAGAGCUGACGCGGCAGUACUGCAACCUACUCGGUGAAUCGUCUGAGAGUCCGCUGAGUGUGACGGUAACGGCCGGUACGCAGGCUUUACCUGUACUGUUGAAAUACAUGAACGUGAUAGCGAACAAGAAGCUCGAUUGGCAGACUAUGGAGCAGCUUCCCGUGGCCGUGGAACUGCCCGGGGAGUUUCAGUUUCAUUCGGUGUUUGUAUGUCCCGUCUCCAAGGAACAGUCGAGUGAAGAUAAUCCUCCGAUGAUGAUGUCUUGUGGCCACGUGCUUUGCAAGCAGACUAUCACCAGAAUGUCCAAGAAUGGCGCUAAGACUUCUUUCAAGUGUCCUUAUUGCCCGACCGAUGUAGACUCCACAAGGUGCAAGCAGUUACACUUCUGACCGGAAGAUUUGGAACUGAAAGUUCUGACCGGUGUUGGAAUGUAUUGCUGCUGUGUUCUGUUUCGUUUAAGGUUUUCAUGUACAAAAAUCAUCAGGGAUGGUUUAGAUAAUUCGGACAUUCCCCCCACCAUAAGAACGUGUUUGUGUUUGUUCAAACUUUCUAAAUAUAGAAAUUCCUUACAUUUCCAAAA